GCAUGAACGUUACGGUGUCUGCUCACGAUUGUGCGCUUGUUGCAUUCGGUCGUCUCGGACAAGGUUACACUACUGGCCUACACUAUUUCAUAAAGUUUCUUGACUAGCAGUCAUGGGCGGCGAAGUCGCUGAACACGGCCACCACGGACAUCAUGGCCCGAAAGUUCCAGCUGUACCAGAUUACAGGAUCUAUAAGGUCGAGGACGUCCCGAGGCUGGUGAAACUGAGGGAUGCACUGGCUCGAGAAGGCCUCAAAGACCCCUGGAUGAGAAAUGAAGUGUGGCGUUACAGCUCGUUCACCAAGAUCAACAACUGGGGUCUUGCCAAGGCUCUUAUAACACGUGGAAUGAAGCCUGGCUUCAUACUGGCUGUAGCCACGGUUGUAUUAGAGAAAGCAUAUGACUUUGCAUUUGCAAAGGAUCACCACCACCACCACCAGGACGAAGGUCACCAAUAAUCAAUAUGCAAAUGUUCAACAAAUAAUGCUAGUGAAUAAAUCAGUUAAGCUGCAAA